AUUGCUUCUGACCCCCUUCAAGACUUUUGUAUUGGUGUCAACACCCCAGCAAAUGGCGUUUUUGUGAACGGAAAGUUCUGCAAGGACCCAAAGCUCGCGACCGUGGAUGACUUCUUUUUUGCAGGGCUUAACAAACCAAGAGUCGUCACUAAUGCGGUCGGAUCAAAUGUCACAGCCGUCAAUGUUAACAAUCUUCCGGGUUUAAACACUCAUGGAAUCUCACUUGUCCGUAUAGACUAUGGAGUGAACGGACAGAACCCUCCUCACACACACCCACGUGCCACAGAAAUCUUAGUUGUGGGAGAAGGGACACUUUUAGUAGGGUUUGUCACAUCUAACGGAGAUGGAAACCGUCUCUUCACAAAAACACUCAACACGGGUGAUGUAUUUGUGUUUCCUGAAGGACUCAUCCAUUUCCAAGCCAAUGUGGGAAAAUCUCCAGCGGUUGCAUUCGCUGCAUUGAGCAGCCAAAACCACCGUGUUUGGAUC